CUAUAAGAAGUACAAUUUUAUAUAAAUUUAAAGGUAUUUUCAUAAAAUGUCAUCACCAAAUGAAAAAUCAGAUCUUUCACUUCUUAUAGAAUUAUCAAAGUACUUAAAAGUUAAUUCCAAAAGUGGUAUCACUAAUUGUUUGGCACGAUUGAAAACGGACUCCAAAUGCUAUAGACAAUUUGUUAAAGAUGGAGGUCUUACUAUUUUGAUUAAAUUAUUAAGGUCUCAAGAUUUAAAAAUUUUAAAUAUGACGUUAAGUUUAUUAGCAAAUGCAUGCUUAAUUUCUGAUGCUAGAGAAGAGGUUAAAGGAACUAGAAUAGGAUAUUAUAUAAUUUGCAUAAUGAAAAAAUUAAAAUCGGAUAGCGCUAUUCAAUGUCGUGCUUGUAGAUUAAUUGGUAAUCUAAGCGAAUGCAGUUGGCAUGCUAAAAGUUUGUACGAAGCUGGUUCGAUACAGGAACUUUCUAAAUUAUUACAAUCUAAAACGAAUACUCAAACUUAUCUAAUGGUAAUCAGAGCAAUAAGAAAUAUUUGGAGUAUGCACGAAGGUUGUAGAGAAGACGUAUUAGAUGCUGGUAUAAUUAAAAAUAUAACAGGCUUAUUAAUAAUAGCUAAUAACAAAGCUAUUGUAAGUACAAAAUAUACAGAAUUAGUAGAAGUAUGUUUAAAAGCCAUGUGUGCAUUUCUUAUCUGUCUGGAACCUCGUUGUGGAAUACAAAUGCAAGGAGAAAAAGAUUUAGAAGGAUACAAAUGCAUCGUCGACGGUUGUAGUAGAAAUAAUAAAUUAGCUAUUAAAUGCCUUUGUAAUCUUAGCCAAAUAGCAGAAUGUCGUCCUAAUCUUGGAUCUUCAGGAGCGAUAGAAAUUUUAAUAUCUUUAAUGGAGAAACAUUCAAAAGUUCCCAAAGAAUUAUUAGCCAGUUUAUGUAUGUUUUGUCGAGAAUCGGUUAAUCGUGCUAAAAUUAGAAAUAAUUCUGGCUUGGAACUCAUACUCACGUUUUUAAAAAAAAACGAAAUGGAACAAUAUCAUCCUACGUUAUUACUCGCUCUUGCGCAAUUUAUAUACGACGAUCAAAGUAUUUUAAUAAUGAUUAAUAAUGGAUUAUUCGACGUGCUGAACGUUAAAUUAAAGAAAAUGGUUGAAAAUGCAUUGGAAAAUAGAAAAGAACAAGAAAUAUCUACGAAACGAAAUUAUUUGUCGUCUUCGGAUAGAAAAAUCAGUUUUAAAUAUUUAAAAUCAGAGAUAGGACGAUUCAGCGUAGAUUAUCCUAAAGACGAUUGGAGUCCGUGUAGUUCGACAAGUUUUUUCUCAUCUCCUUCUAGUACACCACCAUUACCAUUUUAUGAUUCUGCGGAAACAGAUGAAAAUGCAGAAGAUAAUUAUAGUCCUGUUUGUAGUGAUACAGAAUGGGAAAAUUAUGAUGAAGAACCACAAGAAGAGGUUGAAUCUUUAAAAAGCUGUAAAUCGUUACCAAUCGAAGAUGAUGAAUCUCGUGACUCAGGAACAUUUCACAAGUUUACUUCUUCCGAAUACACAAGUGCAUGGACCUUAGCUUUAUUAAACAGAUUGAGUCUGCUUAGUGAACCUAUAGAAAAAUUAGUUGAUCCUAAGACAAUUGGACCAUUAUCUUCGUACAUUCGAUAUUCAAAAAAUUAUAAAGCUUCUAAAAUACUUACAAGAAUAUUAAGAAAUAGCGCGUAUUUAAUUCCAUUGGUCAAACAAGGUUUUGCUUUCGAAGCGCAAACUUUAUAUGGCUCGGAAUAUUACACUCGACAGCUGUGUGCUUUAGGAGAAACCGGAGGGAUCAUAGGAGAGCUUACUUCUAUAUUAAUACGUGGGGAGGAUCCUCACAAGACAAUGGUCGCUAUAUCAAUACCUUUUAUAAUUAAGUCUAAAACUCAUUUAAAAUUUUUAUUAAACAAUAAUGGUGGUUUAAAAUUAAUAUUAAAUAUAUUAAAUGAUAGAGAACACGCUUUAAACGAUAAUGCUGUCUGGUCAAUUUGCCAAUUGGCAAAUACAUUACAAAUUCGCCCUGAAUUCAACGACAAGGGUUUAAUACCAGAUACGGUUACAACCGAUUAUCCGAAACUUUACGAAAGUCUUCCAAAGCCGUCAAUUGUUACAUUUGAAUUAGACGAUGGUUCAACAGUUGACGCAUGUAGAAAAACCUUAUGUCAAAAGUCAGAUGCUUUUUCUGCUAUGCUCGAAGGAAAUUUUUCUGAAUCUGGAAAAAGACGCGUUAAAUUGAAAAAUACAUCGAAGGAAGGACUAAACGUAUUAAUUUCAGUUAUGAACGGUGCUACUUUGGAAAAUACGACUAUAGAAUCACUUUUAGAUGCUGCCUUAUUAGCAGAUAAAUUUUUAAUGUCUGAUAUUACGGAUACUUUAACGGCAAGUUCAAUAGCUAUGCUUAGCCAUGAAAAUUUCAGUCGAGCAUGGAAUUGGGCUAGAAAUAAUUCUUGUUACGAACUUAAAACUUGUUGCGUCAAAAGAUUUCUAUCGACGAAAAUGUCUAUGACUGAAAGGAUCCAAGCAUUUCGUGAAUUUUCCAAUGAAAAUACUUUUCCUGAAUUUUUGGAUGAUAUCAAAGAAAUUAUUAAUAGUUAUUUGUGCCAACCUUAAUUUAAUUCAUUGUAAUUAAGCCUAAUUGUGAUAUGGUAUAAAUAUAUUAAU